GGAGAAAACUGCGAUGGCGGCGCUCGGCACGAGGAUUUCGCGGUGUGUGUCAUUAGCGAAGUGUUUACCGUCCGCAACUUUGUUUCACGCCGUACAAACAGCGAAACUGGGUUCCUUUCCCGGCGCAAGCACCAAAUGGAGCAGCAGGAACCUUCGCUUCUUUGCAGUCGCCGGCCUGGCCGCUGGCGCCGUGGGACAUGCCUACAUGAGAGGGCUCGAGCUAAAAAAGGACUCCUUAGGUGAAAUGCUCUUGCCCCUACACACCAAAAACAUCAAACCACCGGAAAUCAAAAUAUCCCGUGUCAUGGCGGGCCCCACUACAAAGACUGGCCUCAAGAUCACCAUGUUCCAGUACCAGACGUGUCCGUUCUGCUGCAAAGUGCGUGCGUUUCUCGACUACUACGGCAUACCAUACGACGUGAUCGAGGUGAAUCCGGUUCUGCGUCAGCAGCUCAAGUUCUCGGAGUACAAGAAGGUGCCCAUCUUGCUUGUGCAGGAGGGUGGCAACUGCUGGCAAAUCAAUGACUCCACGGUGAUCAUCAGCAUGCUGCAGAGCUACCUCAGCGACAUCAAGGCUGGUUUCCAAAGGUACCUGGUCCUGUACGAUCCAGUCAAAGUGACGGACGCUUCGGGAAAGGAGUCUCUCGAAGUGUUCAACAAGUACAACCUUAUGAUGGACAAUGUGCCGGUCACAGGAAAAGCUGCCGAAGAGCUCAAGCGGGAGCAGACGUGGCGCUCGUGGGCGGACGACGUGCUGGUGCACAUCCUGUCGCCCAACGUGUACCGGACGCGCCAGGAGGCCCUUCAGGCCUUCCGCUACUUCUCCGAGGUGGGCCAGUGGGAGAGCCACUUCCCGGCCUGGGAGCGCCUGCUCGUCGUCUACGUGGGCGCCGCUGCUAUGUACUUUGUCGCAAAAAGGCUGAAGAAGAGGCAUCAUCUGAAGGAAGACGUCAGAGACAGCUUUCGAGACGCCUGCUUUGAGUGGACAGAGGCCGUAGGUUCCGGCAAGUUUCACGGCGGCAGCAAACCCAACCUCGCAGACCUGGCAGUGUUUGGGGUCCUGAGCUCCGUGGAAGGCUGCACAGCCUUCCAAGACAUGCUGCAGGAGACACAGAUUGGGCCCUGGUACUUCCGGAUGAAGGAGGUGGUUGCUGGCCACGCUGGCAGUCGGGCCAUCAGCUCCGAGCUGCGCUAGUCUAGCGCACCGCCGCUCGACGAAGCUCCACAAAGAUUGUUUCGUUUUAUGAGCCAUCUUUGCUGUAAAGUAGUGCCGACAAGUUGUUGUUGCUCAUUAAAUAGGCAUUGGCCUGACAGUUA